AUGUCCAACGGUUUCCUUUUAGUGAGAGACUCCCGCACCACUCUAGAAUAUAGAGUCCCAAUCCAGCGAAAUUCCAUCCUUGCAACGGCCUUCAAAGACAUCAAAGCUCCCUCAUCUAGUGCGAGUAGAGCAGACAAAGUGGGCAGCGGUUUGAGGGUGCAUGACCCCGGGCUCCUGAAUACAACAGUGGUGGAAACAGGUGUGAGUUUUGCAGACGGAGAAAGAGAUUUACUGCUUUUCAGGGGUUACAGCCUAGAGCAGCUAUGGCAGAGUGACUAUGAAGAUAUGCUGCAUUUAAUGGUGUGGGAUAAAUACCCAACACCUGUGCAGAAGGAAUCUUUACGAAGGGCAUUGAUAACGGCGAUGCUAGAGGUCCCUAAAACUGUUUUUGAAAUAGUAUCGACCUUUCCAUCGGCAUCCCCUCCCAUGCCAAUGGUCGUGGCUGGUUUAGCGGCGUAUCUUGGAGGCAAUCCCGAUAUGAUUCCAGCAUCAAGCGGCGGAAACAUCUACCAAGGCAAUAUCGAAAAGACUGACAAAGCAGUGAUCAAGACGAUUGCUGCAUAUGCAGUUGUCGUAGGGAUGGCUGCCUGUCAUCGGAAAGGAAUUGAGUUCACAGCCCCUUCAUUGGAUUACAAUUUCAUCGAAAAUCUGUUUCACAUGUCCGGUAUGGUCGAUGAUCUAACAGGAAGACCAGAUGCGAUAAAAGUGUCAUGCUUUCGACGGUUUGCAGCACUGAAUAUGGACCACGGGAUGGCAUUGGCUGUAUUCUCCACAAUGGUGACAGCAUCGUCACUCACGGACCCCAUAUCUUGUCUAAUUGCUUCACUAGCAGCGGCAUAUGGUCCUCUGCAUUUCGGUGCGACUGAGGCUGCGCAUCUCAACCUCCGUAGUAUCGGAGACAAAUCAAAAGUCCCCGAGUUUAUCUCGGAGGUAAAGCAAGGCAAACGAAAACUAUUUGGAUAUGGGCAUCGCACUUACAAAGGCACCGAUCCACGUGUAAAGCCAAUAAAGGAGCUCAUUGAAGACUCGGGUGCAAACUCAGAUCCGUUGAUUGAGAUUGCAAAGGAAAUUGAAAGACUUGCUUCCAAUGACGACUACUUCACGUCAAGGGGCCUUCAUCCGAAUGCCGAUUUCUAUGGGAACUUUGUUUUCACUGCCGUCGGAUUUCAGUCCGAUUUCAUUCCUAUAGCUAUGAUUUCUCAACGGCUCAUUGGAAUAAUGGCGCACUGGCGUGAGGCGAUGGUGCGCGGAAUAAAACUUUUUCGUCCGUCCCACAUCUACACGGGGGACACUGAGCCAGUCUAUACUGCCAGUGCAAAAUUAUAA